UCCCAACCCCUUUCUCUGCUUUCGACUCCACCCAAGGAUUUCAGAGCCGCCCCAUACAUCUCCCUUACUCGGGUCUGCCACUUAUCUGCCCUAUUAGGUUUGUUUUCAGGCAUAGGGCCGCCCAGCCUCUUCAGCCAUAGGACAGUCGCUCGCCUCAUCCCCUCCGUUGUGUAGGUGCAGAAGCCGGGGGAAGCAUGGCGGCGGUGGAGAGCCGAGUGUGUGAGACUGAAGGCUGCAGCAGUGAGGCCAAACUGCAGUGUCCGACCUGCAUCAAGCUGGGAAUCCAAGGCUCCUACUUCUGCUCCCAGGAAUGCUUCAAAGGCAGUUGGGCGACCCACAAGCUCCUUCACAAGAAAGCAAAAGAUGAUAAAAUCAAACCUGAAGUCUCACCAUGGACAAUGGAUGGUGAAGUAAACACAGAUCCUUGGCCAGGUUAUAGAUAUACUGGUAAACUGAGGCCCCAUUAUCCAUUGACUCCAAUGAGGCCAGUACCAAGCUACAUACAGAGGCCAGAUUAUGCAGAUCACCCUUUAGGAAUGUCUGAAUCUGAACAGACUUUGAAGGGUACCUCUCAAAUAAAAACCCUUUCUCCAGAAGAUAUCGAAGGAAUGCGGGUUGUCUGCAGACUUGCUAGAGAGGUGUUGGGAGUGGCUGCCAUGAUGGUAAAAUCGGGUAUCACAACAGAAGAGAUAGACCAUGCGGUACAUUUGGCCUGUAUUUCAAGAAACUGUUAUCCAUCCCCACUGAAUUAUUAUAAUUUCCCUAAAUCCUGCUGCACCUCAGUAAAUGAGGUCAUCUGCCAUGGGAUUCCAGACAGGAGGCCUUUGCAAGAUGGUGAUAUUGUAAAUGUGGAUAUUACAGUUUAUCGAGACGGAUAUCAUGGAGAUCUCAAUGAGACAUUUUAUGUCGGGGAUGUGGAUGAGGGAGCAAAGAGACUUGUUGAGACAACGUACGAGUGCCUGAUGCAAGCUAUAGAUGAAGUGAAACCAGGUGUCCGAUACAGAGAGCUUGGGAACAUCAUCCAAAAACAUGCACAAGCAAAUGGAUUUUCUAUUGUUCGAAGCUACUGCGGACAUGGCAUCCACAAGCUUUUCCAUACUGCUCCAAAUGUGCCACAUUAUGGCAAAAACAAGGCUGUUGGUGUGAUGAAGCCAGGCCAUGUCUUUACAAUUGAGCCAAUGAUUUGCGAAGGAGGAUGGCAGGACGAGACUUGGCCCGAUGGUUGGACCGCAAUAACGAGAGAUGGGAAAAGAUCAGCACAGUUUGAGCAUACCCUUUUAGUCACAGAGACCGGCUGUGAGAUUCUAACUUGUAGACUUGAAGAAAAUGGACGCCCUUAUUUUAUCUCUUAGCACCUUGUAUAAGCUUAGCAGAUCUAAAUGGUGUCUCUACCAAUCUGUACCAUGCAUUUUACAGGCAGGAUAUCUGAAGAUGGGGGAUUUUAUCUCUUGUAACGAUACAGACUAAAACACUAUUCGGGCUGAUCUAGUUAUCUAUUAAGGAGCUUGAUGGUGUUUUCAGACAAGAACGAAACAUCUUCAAAAAUGUCAAUGUUUUUCUCCUUUUAAAAGCAGUUUGUUUCUCAUCCACACUUUGUCACAUUUAAUUUUUAGUUACAAACAGGUCUGCUCAUGCCCAUUUCUUGCCUUUUCUCUCUACAUGGGCACAAAACAAAAUUUGCCUUCUUUGAUUUUUACUACUUGUCAUGUUAUGGUAUUUUUAACCUUGGUUCCAGCUAUGCAUUUGUCUGAAUCUUAGACAGUGGUCUAUCCCUAUUCCUUGUCCUCUGUUGAGUGCUUAAAAUUUGUAGCUUAAUAGACCAGGAAAGCCAACAAUACAUAAAACAUCUCCUGCAGAGAAUCCCCCCUCCUAAAACCCACCAUCUGCAGUUUCCCGUACUAUAAUUUUUGCUGGCAGUAGCUGUCAAAAAGCAGGCAAAGCAGUGGGGUUAACAGCAAACAAAUCAGGAUGCUUGAAAUCCUUUACUCCAGCUGUCUGGUGACCAGGAACAUUGGAAGUCCUGAUAUCAAUUGCAAGUGUUCCUGGUUGGCAAUUACCUCCACCGAGCUGGAGAAAGAAUGUCAAGAAACCUGUCAUGGUGGCUUCCCAGUACUGUGACAUUUGUAUGGGCAAAUAGUGCAGUAUUGGGAAUUGCAGAUGAUGAGCUUCAGUUUGGGGGCGGGGGCAAUGGAAGUAAUGUGUGUAGAUGGCAUUCGUUGUCCUUUAUUACUUGCUUGUUUUGUUCCUUAGCUGUAGCCCAUAAUAUUCCAAAAUAUGCAGGCUUUACAAUGGAUGCUUGUCUUAAAAAUAACUUAUCAUGAUGAAGACAGUGAUAUUCUAAGAUAUCUUAAUUUUUUGGUCUGUGGUUUUAUGUAUAACUUUUUGUUCUGCAGCUUUCCAGUUUGGUAGAUAUCAGCCAUAUACCUGGAAUCAGAGACUGGCCAGUCAGUAGGAGAGGACCAGAAAAGUAGAUAUACUGUAUACAGCUAUAUACAGUAGAACAUUUUUUUGUCUGCCAGGGGCUUGAGUCAAACAGGCAUAAAAUACAGGAGAAAAAAAAGAAAUUUGCCGCAAAUAAAACAAUGUAAAUUCCAGGAAAACAUAAAAUCUAGGUUGUACUGUAUUGUUAAAAUCUAACAGCAGAAGAACUUGGCUUUCUGGCUGGUGAAGUCACUUACCUCAGGAAUCAGCUUACAUUCUAUAAAGAAGCAAAAUAGAAAGGCUAAUUUAAAAAAAAAAACUAGGGAUGAAUAUGCAAAUUAGGGGUGGGAAGGGGAAAACCUUUUUCACUUCCUUGUUUUUUGUCAAAAAGUCCUGCGAUUCUCCUCCCAGCCCCUAAUUUGCAUUUGCAAAUUCGGAUUCGGUUGAGCAGAAGGAUUCAGCUGAAUCCGAAUCCUGCUGAAAAAGGCAGAAUCCCGAAAAAAAAAACACUACAGAAAAUGCAAAAGAAAGGCAGAUUUACUUAAAAUAUGUCUGCAUCAUAUGGUAAUUCUGGUACUUUCUCUUUAAAAGGCAACUGUCACAUCUACAUAUGUAUCCAAACUGUAAUGAAUGCUUAAUACAUUAUUUCACAAUUAUGUUUAGAUGAUUUUCUAGAAAUGGCUUACUAGUGUGCUCCUUCAUCCUAACCAUUUUCCUUGUCAGUCUUUAGAAUUAGCUUUGCCUUUGUUAAAUCAGUCUGGUGGAGGAGCCCAAGUAAAUCAUUUCCUCUAAAAAUUCUACCGAAAAAAAAAAGCCAAUAACCAGCCGUUUCAGUUUUAAUCCUAAGAACAGUUAUAUUCCUCACCUGGUCUAUUCACUCUAAAAUAUCUUUUGAAGGUACAAGCCAGGAUGCCCAGAAAAAUGUUCAAAAAUAAUUGAAAAAUGUACCUGUUGAGUUUGUUGGUCAGAGGGAAGAGCUGGCCAGAUUUGGCUUGGGCUGGAUCCAGCUAUGGCAUCCAAGGAACUUAACUACUAAAAAACAUGGCAGUGCAUUCAGACUGGCAGCAGGCACAUGAGCAUGAACAGACACAUAGUUUCUAACCUGAUGGGAUCUCUAGCACUUCAGUGAAUGCUUAGGAUGCACUUUUAUUGCAUCUUCCCUUCCUGUCAUGGUAUAAUAUUUAAGUAAAGCCUAGUGUGUAAAGCGUAUAAAAUAUAUUUCUGCAGGAAAAGAACAAAUGUAUUGCCGUUAGGGAUGCACCGAAUCCAGGAUCCGUCUUUUUUUAGCAGGAUUCGAAUUCUGCCGAAUCCUUCUGGCCGAACCGAAUCCUAGGGACGGGGAAAAAAAUCACAUGACAAAAUGUUUCCCCCCCUUCCCAUCCCUAAUUUGCAUAUGCAAAUUAGGAUUUGGGUUUGGUAUUCGGGCGCCUCUCUCGUGAAGGAUUCAGGGGUCCGGGCCGAAUCCAAAAUAGUGUAUUCGGUGCAUAGUUUCCACUUUGUUGUAUUCAAGGGAUAGGAUGGCUGCUGCCCAUGGUGCUGAUCUACUCGCAUAAUCCUCUCUGCAAACUUAGCAACAGUUUGAACACCUCCUGCCCUGUGCUGUAAAACAAGUUAUGUUCGCUCUUUAUAGCUAAAGCUACUGUGGAAUAUCUGGCUUUAUAUUUUUUGGUUAUUUAUUUUCUUUUUGUGCACUCAAUUUGGCCUUGGUGCCUUCAACUGUAUAAUACAGAUUUCAUAUCAUAACUUACACAUGCUUCAACCAUACCUCACAGUUGUCCCUAUUUAAGUGGGACAAGCUUGAUGUUGCGAUCAGAGGAUGUCUGCUCAUAACUAGGCAGGACCUAAAUGAUUCCAAGUAAGGCUUCAACAAUGGUGAGCUGAAGUGACUAUAAAUAAGUGACUUUUAAUAGAAACUGGAAGUAGUAUUUUUGUUUUUUUCUUUGUAUGCCCCCUUCGAAUCUCAGAUCUCUUGCUGUGGGGUAUUCAAACAGCAUGACAUGGUGUAUUAGCCAAUGACCUUAAAUAUUUAUGCUUGUAUAUAAUCAAAUAUGAAUGUUGUAACAAUUUGAAGUUGGAAUGUUUUGUUGCGAAAAAAAAAGCCCCGAAUGGACUAUUCUGUAAGGAUUUUGAAUUGAAUUAAUAUUCAGUUCUUCUAUAUAUUUGAGUGUGUGCAACUAGGCAAAGGUCCCUUGAAAUAAUCACAUAAAUAGUUCAACAUGUAUUUCCUGACUUAAAAGGAAGCUAUUUUUCUGUAGUGCCUCAAGAUAUACAUCACUGCCGAGUAAACUUGUGGUAUGCCAUUCAUUAAAGUGACCUGAAAGCAGAAA